AUGAAUCCCACCGGAGCAGCAGCCAAGGGCAGUCCCAAGAAAUUCAAUGUGUUGGCCCACUUCAAGUACGAGCAUCUGGUGGCCGGAGUAUCCGGAGGUGUAGCGUCCACAAUUAUACUUCAUCCACUGGACCUUAUCAAGAUUCGAUUUGCUGUUAACGAUGGACGGACAGCGACAGUGCCCCAGUAUCGUGGAUUGGGCAGCGCCUUUACCACCAUUUUCCGUCAAGAAGGCUUCCGGGUCUACAAGGGUGUCACCCCCAAUAUCUGGGGAUCGGGCUCCUCCUGGGGGCUGUACUUCAUGUUCUACAACACCAUCAAGACAUUCAUCCAAGGCGGCAACACAACGAUGCCGCUGGGUCCCGCCAUGCAUAUGCUGGCUGCCGCCGAGUCUGGAGCCCUCACCCUGCUCCUAACCAAUCCCAUUUGGGUGGUUAAGACGCGGUUGUGUCUGCAAUGUGACUCCUCGACCAGUGCCGAGUACCGGGGAAUGGUGCAUGCCCUGAGCCAGAUCUACAAGGAGGAGGGUGUCAGGGGACUAUACAGAGGGUUCGUGCCCGGCAUGCUGGGCGUCUCCCACGGAGCCAUUCAGUUCAUGACCUACGAGGAGAUGAAGAACGCCUACAACGAAUACCGCAAGCUGCCCAUCGAUACGAAACUGGCCACCACCGAGUAUUUGGCCUUUGCGGCCGUCUCCAAGCUGAUUGCGGCAGCAGCCACAUACCCGUACCAGGUGGUGCGUGCCCGACUGCAGGAUCAUCACCACCGCUAUAACGGCACCUGGGACUGCAUCAAACAGACUUGGAGAUUUGAGGGCGUCGGCGGCUUUUACAAGGGCCUGCAGGCCAGUCUGACGCGUGUGAUACCCGCGUGCAUGAUCACGUUCCUCGUGUACGAGAACGUGUCGCAUUACAUGCUGGCCAAGCGGAAAAGAGCCGAGGGUCAGGCUCAAGCCAUAAAGAAGGACAACAAUUGAACGAAACUCGCAUAAACUUACGAUUCAGGAUUCCUCUAGUUUAUAAUUAAGAAGUUUAUGUACCUCUAUAUCGCAUUACAUUGUAUCAGUAGUCGCAGGACGGCUGCUCACGUGUUGAGCACUGCAAGCUGCUCUUAGUGCCAAGGCUGUUGAACGAUGCUUUAGUCUGUAAGAGGCUGGUUUUAUAUCGACAUGGAUUGUUGUUCCUACGGUGCUUAGCCACUGAUUUUUCACCGUCUGACAAACCAGUGAUUGCUGAGACCCAAAUACAUUAUUGUGUAGUCUAUUAUUGAAAUGUAAAUGUAAAUAAAUGUUGGAUUAAGAUCAAAAUACUUAUAAAAACAGCCUCACCCAGGCAGCGUACAUUGUCAGGGUAAGCUUUAAGAAAGCAUCAAUGUUGGUUGGGUCAAUAAAUAAAUCAUUAAAUAUUUUGCAUUCCAAA